AUUUGUUGUCAAAACAGUUGUCACUGUUGUCGGUUUACGUCGUGUCCAUCCAAGGAAAUUGAAAACCACUCAUACAUAGCAAAAAUUAUGGUCAAAUUCAGAAAAAAGUACCCCCUUUCGAGUGCCUGAGUUACGCUGUACCCAAUGUUUUUUGAGAAUCUUCAUUGAUCCCGAAAUGUUUGGUUUUAGUCGCGAAGCAAUCAGAGUUAAAGUAAAAAAAUGCGAGGGUUCCUUGCCUGUAGAAUUCAGGAAAUUCAGCGUAGACCCCCAAAUAACUUCAUUCGAAGUUCUUCAGAGUAUUCUCGCCAAAGCAUUCGAUUUAAAGGGAGAUUUUGCAAUAUGUUACCGCAUAGAUGACGGAUUUGAUAAUGGAAUUUAUAUGCCGCUGGUAUCUGACUGGGAUUUGGACGCAGCAUUUUUGAAGGCUCAAAACAUAUCCUUAGUAUCUAAAACUGAACCAUGCUUAUGUCUUCGAGUGGAUCUGAAGCCAUUUGAGGAGUGUUCAGAUGACUUUGAGAUCAGGCAGCCUGUUGCUGCUCAAAAUCGUAUCAAACCCUUGGUUCCUCUUCAAGAAAUCAAGCAACAACCUAGAUUACAUGGAAUUUUCAACCAGGUUUAUAUUAAUGAAUUCUGGUAUAAAUUGCAUGUAACAUUAUGUGAUUUCAAGGUUGGAAAAACUAUCAAUUUGAUGCAACGUGCUUUUAACUUCGGUGAAGAUGUUGGAAAUAAUACUUCUCUACAAUAUAUCCCAAAAGCACCAUUGUCUGAUGCAGAAUUUCGGAGGUAUCUUGAUCCAGUUGGUCAAAUAAUAAAUGCCAAGGAAUUGAGAUCAUGUAUUUAUUUUGGGGGUAUUGAACCUAGCCUAAGAAAAGUUGUUUGGAAGCAUCUCCUCAAUGUCUACCCAAAAGGAAUGACUGGCAAAGAAAGAAUGGACUACAUUAAGAAGAAAGCUUUAGAGUAUUAUUCUUUGAGAGAAAUUUGGAAAACUGCCAUAGCUCAAGGAUCGGUGGAUGGUGAAUUGGCUUAUACAACUGGAAUGGUAAAAAAAGACGUUCUGAGAACUGAUAGGCAUCAUGAAUUUUAUGCUGGCAAUGAUGACAAUCAGAACAUUGCAUCACUCUUCAAUAUUCUCACAACAUAUGCUCUGAAUCAUCCAAAAGUAAGCUAUUGCCAAGGUAUGAGUGACCUUGCAUCACCGUUAUUGGUGACAAUGAAUGAUGAAGCCCAUGCCUACAUUUGCUUUUGUGCUCUUAUGGAAAGACUGUCAACAAAUUUUAUGAUAGAUGGUAUAGCUAUGACCCAAAAAUUCACUCAUCUGUCUGAAGCAAUCAUGUAUUAUGAUCCUGAGUUCUACAAUUACCUUAAAAUGCAUCAGGCAGAUGAUUUACUAUUUUGUUACCGAUGGCUCCUUUUGGAGAUGAAGAGGGAAUUUGCAUUUGAGGACUCAUUACGUAUGCUGGAAGUAUUAUGGAGUUCUCUACCAGCUGAUCCUCCUGCGGUUGAAUUGAAAUUGUUUGAUGUUAAGUUUCAACUAACCCCAUUGAGUACUCCUCCGAUAAGUCCUUUAGUCAAAACUCCCCGUGAGAAUGCCUACUCCAAAGUUUGCGCUAUAAGAAGGCGUAGUUCCUCCAUGUCAUUGAACAGUUUCAAAAAUAAGAGAAAACUAGAUAAAGUUAAACGAUUGAAUCAAAGCCUUGAUGAAAUGCUGACAAAAUCCAAAAACUUGAGUGAGAUCAAACCCAAACAGCAAAGCUUAGACGAUGCUGCCUUAUCCAUUAGAAUUAAGGAAAAUUCACCAAAAAAAUCAAGAACACCAAAAUCUCCUAAAACACCAAAACCUAGUGAAACCUCUCCAGUAUUAGAAGGCUCAAAUGAAGUGGGUUCUGAAGCAUUGAACCACCUGACUAAACCUGAACCGAGGGCAAGAUCUGUCUCACCCUUAGAACAAAAAUCUGAUUCUGCUGUAAUUUUAAAUAACCAUAUAAAUACCUAUAAGACAAACACUAAAGUUCGCAGUUCCAGUUUGUCUUCCAGUAUGAGUAGUUUGAAUAAAAAUAAGAAAAAGGGAGGGAACCACUUCAGAGAGCUCAAAGCAAAAAUUGCGACAUCGAAAAUAUUCUGCUCUUUAGAUCAACUUGAAUCUUGUCAUGCCAAGGAGGAAUCCGAAAAUAAACCUCCUAAAUUGAUAAAAAAUUUCAACGAGUUCCUUCAUUUCGCUACAGUCAACAAAAAUAAAAUAUCAGAUAAAAUUUCCAAAAUUGGUAAUGACAAUAGUGUAGAUAACCCAAAAAUCACGCUCACUAAAUCAAGUCUUGACGAUUCCGAUGCAUCAAGUAUAGAUCAAAACUCAUCAAAUUUUUCGAAAUCAAGAUGUAUGUCAACAACAUCUUGUAGUGGAGAUGACACGUUUGAAGAUUACAGCCCAGAUGAAUAUUUUCCACUCACCACAUCCGUGACUAGGGAGUUGAGGUUAGAAAUGGAUAAUCUGGAUAGAAAAGUUUUUGGGGAUCAUUUCAAUGAUCGUUUAAUAGAUUCAUCGCCAAGUGAAUGCAGUAGCGAUUAUAAGACAGAAAAAGAAACAGAAGAGGUCAAUCAUAUCACUAAUAAGGUCAAAGACAUUCAAUUAGAAAAGGCUGAAGAGAUUCUUGAGAAUAAAAGGUGUGAUGAUGUCUUCAUUUGGGAAAAUCCUUUACACCAAUCUAGUCCCAGUUCGCAAAAACUACCUUCCUGUGAAAUCCCCAAAUCUGAGUUAGAUUUGAAUUCUGAAAUUCCUAGUAUAGUUAAUGAAGUAUCUGCUUCGAAAACCGUCACUCCUAUCAGAAUUGUAAAUUACACUCAAUCUUCAAACAAUGUUACCAAAAUACAGUCUGUACCCAUAGAACCAAGUGUAGGAGCUUCUCCUGAGGAACCUCCACAGUGUUUAAGCAUUGAAAAUAUAAUUAAAGUUAACGGUGCAGAUAUGACCAAUUCCUGUGAGGAAGUAACGGAAAAUGCAAAGAGUGCGAUUCUUCCUCCCCCUGAUGAGUUUGGAGGAGGUAAUCCAUUUUUGAUGUUUUUAUGUAUCACAGUAUUGCUUCAGCAUAGGGAUCAUAUUAUAGAGAAAGGUAUGGACUACAACGAGAUGGCCAUGCAUUUCGAUAAAAUGAUCAGGAGGCAUAAUGUUAUUUCAGUUCUGAAUCAGGCUAGGCAAAUGUAUGGGAGUUACAUGAAAAAGCAGAGUUUGAUGUUGGGAUAUCAUAAGACUUAAUUUUAAAACUCGUACUUAUUGUUUACAAUAUUAUUCUUGUAACUGUGAUAUUUUAAUUUAUUCCCCAAGGUUCCAAAUAACAGUUUUCUAUUGGAUAAUGAGAUUGAUUUAUUUAUUUAUGAUUUAGGCCAAUUAUAACUCUUGGCUGAGAUUUGACUAAACAGCACAUCAAUAAUUAAGGAUGGAAAUACUAGGAAAAAUAUUCGAUAUAAGUCUUCUUCAAAAUGACUUGCUCUAUGUUGGGUUGAAAUGGACAGACUUUUCCUGUUUCUUCUCUUUCAAUAAUUACUGUUUUAAAGUGUUAUUCUUAAAAGUAACAUUCUUAACUUUUCGUCAUUCUGAGAUUAAUAUAUAAUGUAAGACAUGUAAACUUCGUGUUCUUUGUAAAAUCGAUAUCAGAAUGUCAAUUAGGUAGUUAUGUUAAUGGUAAUUAAUAAUGCUCAACAGUGACUUUUUGAAUCCGUCUGGUUCAGCCCAAACACUAGCAGUUUUAGGAUCUCAAAUGAGAUUUGUUGGAAUAAGGCUUACAAUUCUUAGUAUAAAUUUUUAAGUUAUUAUAUACGAUAUUUUUUCGAUGAAAUAUAAUUUUUAGAAGAUUUGAAAACAUUGUAAAUAUUUCCAAUCAUUUUAUAGAAAUUUGGGAAAUAAUAUUUAUCUUUUCAUUUGUCCAGAUGCUACAUCAUCUGAUAAAACCACUCUUGAAUGCACUUAUUUAUUUUAGGUGAAAGCACAAAUAUUCCACUAGCAAUAUUAUUUUAUUUGUGUUGAGUAAUUUUUACAUUACUUUUAGUUUACUAGAGGUUAUAGGACAGAGAUAACCUAUAUUCUGUUAUUUAUGUUGACUAAAAUAAAGUCUCAUUUUUAAUGCAUCA